AUGGGCGGACCAGAUCGAAGUCCACGAUACAUCCAUCUCUCCGCGAUUCGCAAGCUACCAAGCAUAUCCCUGGCAGUCCCACCGGUAAACAGUAAGAAAGCAUCGACCUCGCCGUCAUUUGCAGCCGGUCUGCCAUAUGCUGGGAACCAAGGCGCUAUCAGAGUCACCUUGGAAGGUGCACCCUCGCAAAAGAGUGACUUGGCAACCUACACGCCGAUGGUCCAGGAAAGUAUCCCCGCUAUCCGAUUGAGACCAUCUGUGGGCAGAAUCCUUUCGGUCGAUGGUUUGGAGGCGGCGAUGAGGGAUUGGGAUCCUGACGCUUUGAAAGCAUAUGUGGCUCUGCUUGGCUUGCAUGUGAUUGAAGAGCAUGGGCAGGACGCGGAAGCCGCUCUGAGGCCAAAGGUGCAUAUAUGGCAGCAGAUUGAUGAUGUUUAG